AUGCAAAAGCUGCCCGAAGAGUACUUCCACCUAGUAAGGGAAGCACUCAGAGAUGAUCGUAAGGUCUCUGCUAGAAAAAGGAGGAAGCGGGACUCUUCACCUAGAGAAGAUGAGCACUCAACUCCUCAAGUUGUCAUAAAUUUAGAUUCUGAUGACAACGGCCAGGUCAGUGACAGUUCGCAUUCGGAAGACACCUACGACUCUGAAGAGUUUGAAGAUGUCCCAGAGCCCACACCAACAGGUCCCACUUCAGACAUUAGUUUCACAUUAGAUGCAUCCAAGAACGAGCCGAAGCAAAGAGCCAAAAAUGUGGUAUCCCCUGAAGAAAAAAAGUUUAGAAGAUAUUACCAUAUGCUACAUCUCUUGUGUCUUCUAGUACAUGGAUACAUACGGAAUGAAUGGCUCAAUGAUCAGAAGCUUCAUAAAAAGUUGUCAAAGCUUGUUCCUGAUGACGUCUUUGACCUACUUCACCCGCCAAAGGAUACAGAAAUGCCUCUGCGAAGUACAAGAAAACUUCUGGAUGGUUUAAAGAAAUGUAUGGAUAUCUGGGGCAAACAUUUCAAGCAUGUCACCAGUGAAGGUAUCAAUGGACUUUACAUGAUGAAAUGGGAUGACUUAAACGGACCGUGGGAGCAGCCCGUCCGAGAGAUGACUCCGAAGCUUUUCAGUAGGAUGGUGAUAUCUGGACAUGGAAACCGCAAUAUUGGUGCACAGGGUUUCGUCGCGAUGUUGCGCGCUUGCGGGGUAAACGCUCGGUUGGUUUUCAAUGCUCAGCCGCCAGAUUUCACCGAUGCGAAGCUUUUCAGCAAAUUGAAACAUGAAAAUGAGAUCGAGCAACCGUUAAGUGAAACAAAACUCGGUGGUCGUCGCAAGAAACGUGGAAAGGCUAAAAAAACAGAUAACGAAGACGAGAAAUAUCCUAUUUUCUGGUGCGAGGUAUGGGAUAAAGUCUCAAAGAGGUGGAUAACAGUAGAUCCCAUGUGUCAAAAAAUAAUAGAGCAAAUACGCAAUAGAUCAAAAUUAGAGCCCCAGGGUAAAUUCCGUCAGCAUGACAUCUUAAGGUAUAUCAUUGGGUAUGACCGAAAAAAAGGAUGUCGAGAUGUGACACGCCGAUAUGUGCUUCAAUACAACUCAAAGGCUCGUAGAAGGCGUGUUACGAAAGAUCAAGAAGGCCUGCAUUGGUAUGAAAAGGUAUUACAUAAACUUCACAAACGUAAGAGAACGCGCAUCGACGAUUUUGAAGAUGAGUAUUUUGUGACCCGCGACGAGACAGAAGGCAUUCCUGAUAACCUUCAAGACUUAAAGAACCACCCAUUUUACGUUUUAGAAAACGAUCUAAAAUGGAAUGAAGUGUUGAGGCCAGGCUGUAAGGAAUGUGGGUAUUUACGCUUGAAAAAUGCAAAAUCCACCAUGAAAGUCUACAAGCGUAAAGACAUAUGGAUAUUAAAGAGUGCCCAGCGAUGGUAUAAUGAAGGUAGGAUUUUGAAAACGGGCGCAGUUCACGCGAAGGUUAUUAAUUCAAAGGACUUCAAGACUGGUGAAAAGAUAGAAGAACGGCUGUACCCCCUCGAAGAAACAGAGCUGUUUGUUCCCGAACCAUUGGGCCCCCAUAACGAAGUUCCAAAAAAUCAUUACGGUAACAUUGACAUAUACACGCCGAGUAUGAUUCCCCAGGGUGCCUGUUUGAUUGAAAGCCCUGUUGCCGUAAAGGCAGCGGCUUUCGUUGGGGUGGAGUUUGCAAAAGCAGUUACUGGAUUUAAAUUCGAAAAGCAUCGCGUUGCGAAGCCACAAAUAACGGGCGUAGUCGUGUCUUUAGACUAUCGAGAAGCCGUAGAGGCCAUGAUCGAUGGAAUUGAGGGAAGUAUGGAAGAAGAAAAAAGACGGGACCAUGAGCUGGAAGGUUUGCAGUAUUGGAAUCUUCUUUUGGCGAAACUAAGAAUCAAACAAAAAUUAAAUGCUAGACAUGGUGUAGUAAGGGAAAACCAAGGAAUGUCAUGGGAUGAAGAAAUACACUCUGGUGACGAAGAUUUGCAAAAUGAAGGAUUCUCACCGAACCCUGGAGGGUUUUUGCCAGAGGCAGGGGGGUUUUUACCAGGGUCUGAAAACGUUACUCCUGUAGACAAUGAAUCUUCAGAAGAUGCUGGUGGAUUUAUAGUCGAAAAUUCAAAUGAUAAUCAAUUAAAUCAAAAUUAUUUGGAAAAGCAGAGUAGUUCCGAGGGAAGAAUGCGACAGGAACAUGGUAUCACUUCGGAAGAGGAGAAGGGGGCCGGAAGCACCUUUCAGGGCAUUGAAGAACCUGAGGACGAUAACAAAAAUCUUGAGUUAGACUAUGAAAAAUUCAUGAACGAUUUUGACGAAAGUGAAUCGCCUGCCAAUUCUAAUCAAUCAGUAUCGGACUCUGAAUACAUGUACGAAUCUGAAUGA